AUGACAAACGAUACACUAUCUCCCCACUUUUCAUCGAGUCGACGCAAAUCCAGCAUGAUAGCUGCCACUUUCAAUCUCACAGCGACAAUCUUGGGCGGCGGAGUUUUGUCACUGCCGCUCGCAUUUGAAAAAUGUGGUCUACUGCUUGGCUCGUUAUUGAUGCUUGUAUCGAUGGUGAUUACCGAACGGUCUCUCUUUCUUUUCUGCCUCUGUGCAAGAAUCAGCGGAGCUACAACCUACGGAGAAGUGGGAAAGGCUGCUUUUGGAACCAAAGGAGAGUACGGAAUAUCGAUGGUGCUCUUUGUCUAUCUCAUGUUCGUCACGGUCGCCUUUAUGAUUUUGGUACAAGACAUUUGGACUUCCAUCGUCUCCGUUAUCAUGCGUCAAGCUGUCGAUCAAAAGUUGGUCCUGUUGGUGGUUCUGGCCCUCAUGUCCCCAUUCUUUAUUCAGAGAUCGCUCCACGCAUUGCGAUUCAAUUGCUACAUUGGGUUCGCUUCCAUUCCAAUUCUUCUUUUGGCUAUUUGGCGCGAUGUCGCCACAGAACCUAUUGAAUUUGAACCUCUGCAAUGGACAGAUUCCUUCAACGAUGUCCUCUACGCCUUUCCAAUUAUCAAUCUUUCCUUCCUUUGCGUAUUUAAUGUGUUGCCAGUCCAAGCUGCUCUUAUUGAACCAAGUCGCAAACGAAUGCAAUUGGUUAUUGAUGGUGCAAUUGGUUUUGCCAUUAUCAUCAUGAUACCCUUUGGAAUGUUGGGCUAUAUGUAUUCAGGAAUGAACACGGAUGGUAACAUUUUGAACAAUAUCCCAACACCAUCAAAUUGGAUGAAGGCAGGAAUCGGCACCCAGUUGUUCUUUUUGGGGCGCUUUGGCUGUGGUGUGACACUGACAUUGGCCAUGCCCUUGAUGUUGUUACCAUGCCGGGAUACUCUGUUGGAACUCUUGGACGUCGCCUUUUUUGGGGCUCAUAUUGUGGAACCACGUGGUGAGAAAAUACCCUUGAUAUCCAGGUCCUCUUCCGCUAUCAAUCAGUCCAUCAGAGACCCAAUCAUUGUGACCAAGAGGAACGAAAAACGGUUGAAUGAGAACUCAUGGGUACGAUACCUCCUCACAUUCUUGAUUCUAGGCAUCUGCUAUAUGGUCGCCAUUCGUGUUCCAGAAGUUGCAAUCGUCUGGAGCUUGGUUGGAUCUUCCAUGGCCUUUUUGAUUGCAUUCAUUCUACCAGCAGCAUGUUAUGUGAAGAUUCAACAAGACAGUCACUUUCCCAACGAUGAAAGCAAGGCUUGGCUAUGGUUUGCACAAGGGCUAUUUGUGGUGGCGGUCAUAGCUGUGGUAGCUUGUACUUCCCAGAGCAUCAUUCGCCUGCUUUAG